AUGCACUUUUUGAUCAUAACACUCAUUCACUUUCUUAAUUUAUUCUUUCCCUCAGUUUCAGGUUUAACAAAAUCACAGCGAAUCGCUAAUCAAUUCAAACAGUCGCAUUUGCGAGACGUUACACCCCCUCCAACUUUGCAUAAUCUCUAUCGUCAAGAGCGAUCGCAAAACGGUGAUCAGAUUGACUCAUUGAUUCGUGAUAUGGAAUGGAAAAUGAAAACCGGUGUCGGUGCUGCUGGAGAAAGUAUGGGUAGCGUUGAUUUUUGUGCAUGUGUCUGUGUUUGCAAAGAGCCUCAACAAGCUGGUUAUGUCAUCCGUUCCAUCAAUUCCUGAAAGUUUGCACCACGUUGUGCUAUGUGCUCGCAGCCAAUCAUACCCGAAGAAGGAGAGAAAGAAUCAGUGCGUGUAGUUGCAAUGGAUAAAAGUUUUCAUGUGAACUGUUAUCGAUGCGAGGACUGCAAUGUGCAACUUAGUUCGAAGCUGGAUGGCGAAGGGUAG